UUGAUCGAAGAGAGGGAGGUGGAGUCGGGACAAAGGAGUGGGAGGGGCGUGUCGGCCACUGGGUUUCCCUUUGGUCGCGGCGAGGAUUUUGGAGCGACUUCGCUUUGUUGGUCUCGUCGCGUUGCGGGGAUAUUAGAGGGAGAAAGCGAGAGGGAAGAGCGAGGGGACAUUGAGCGGGAGAAAGGGGCAGACGGAGCGGGAGGAAGGAGUGUUCAAAAGGACACAGAGUAGAGGAGAUUUUUUUUAGGAGAAAAAUGGCGUUCGAGGUGUUGAAGGGAGAGGAGAUGGAAUGGCCAGCGUAUUUGGACGAGUACGAGAAGCUUGUCAUCCGGAUGAACACUCCUAGGGUGGUCAUUGACAAUGCCGUCUGCCCCACUGCGACGCUGGUUCAGGUCGACAGCGCGAGGAAGCAGGGCUUCCUCCUGGAGGCCGUCCAGGUCCUUGCGGACCUCAACGUCUCCAUUAAGAAGGCUUACAUCUCCUCCGAUGGCCGCUGGUUCAUGGACGUCUUCCACGUUACCGACCAGUUCGGCGGCAAGCUUACCGACGAGAGCGUCAUCUCCUAUAUCGAACAGGUCUUUUCUUCCUCUAAAUUCCCAAAAAAAUCCGAUUAUUUUGAGAUCUAUUUGCUUGCUGCUUUGGAAAAUCGCAAAACCCCCGCAAAAAUCUCAUUUUUAGAAGCCUCAUUAAUUACUUUUCUCGUAAAAAUGCAGUCUUUGGAGACGGGAAGCGGCAUUAAGUCCUCCGGCAGCGGCGGCGGUGACGGCCUGACGGUGCUGGAGCUCACUGGGGCGGAUCGGCCGGGACUCCUCUCGGAGGUCUUCGCAGUGCUCGCCGACCUCCAGUGCGGGGUGGUGGAGGCGAAGGUGUGGACCCACAAUGGCCGGAUCGCAUGCCUCCUCUUCGUCCGGGACGAGACUUCCGGAGAGCCAAUCGAGAACGCCCUUCGGAUCCACGGCGUCGAAUCCCGCCUCGGCCACGUCCUCAAGGGCGACCACGGAGUCCGCGGCGCCAAGACCGCCGUCUCCUCCCUCGCCGUCGCCCACACCGACCGCCGCCUCCACCAGAUGAUGUUCGCCGACCGCGACUAUGAGCACCCUCCCCCGUCUCCGGCGGCGGCGCCGCCCUCUGUCUCCGUGCAGAACUGGAUCGAGAGAGGCUACUCCAUCGUCACCGUCCAGUGCCAGGACCGUCCCAAGCUACUGUUCGACAUUGUUUGCACGCUUACAGACAUGGAGUACGUGGUGUUCCAUGGAACCAUUGACACUGAUGGCGAUCAAGCUCACCAGGAGUUCUAUAUAAGGCACAAAGAUGGGAGCCCAAUCAGCUCAGAAGCAGAGAGGCAGCGAGUGAUCCAAUGCUUGCAAGCCGCCAUUGAGAGGAGAGCAUCAGAGGGUUUGAGAGUGGAGCUGUGUGCUGUUGAUCGGCCGGGGCUGCUCUCCGACAUCACUCGGACAUUCCGGGAGAAUGGGCUGUUUGUCACAAGGGCGGAGGUGUCGACGAAGGGCCAAAUGGCCUCGAAUUUUUUCUAUGUGAUUGAUGCCGCCGGAAAGCCAGCAGAUCAUGAUGCAAUUGAGGCUGUCCGGCAGAGGAUCGGGACCGGGACUGCUUGUCUUAAAGUGGAGGAGGAGCAGUGGCUGCAGGUCUGCCGGAAGGCGGCGAGGGCUCGGGAGGAGGCUCAGACUCAGACUGGUGGUGGUUUAGGGCUGUUCUAUUUGGGGAAUCUAGUGAUGAGGAAUCUGUACAACUUGGGUUUGAUUAGAUCUUGCUCUUAGAUUCUAUGAUGUAUUGGUUGUCUUUCCAUUAUACCAUACCUUGCUUCCAAUUGGAUCUGUACAUAGCACAAGGUGGGGAAGAAGGAAGUGAAUUGAAGUAAAGAAAAAGAAUCUCUGUUGGUUGUUAAAUUGUCAUAUGGUUGAGGGCCCAGGGAUAUUUUGUUCUGGAAGGGGUUGAGGGGCCACUGAAUAGUAUUUUGUAGAAGAGGAGAACAAAACAGAAGGAAAGAAUUGGAUUGGUUGUGGAUGGGGUCUUGGUUGCUGCUGCUUUGGGGUUUGAAAGUUGCUGGUUGGAGGCAAUUUGGUGGGAGCUAGUUGGUGGUGGGGAAUUGGUGGAUUGCCAGCUUGGAAAGAUUGGUGUGGGUUGUUCUUUUUUUUUGUUGUUGUUUCUUUUCUUUUGGGUGACACACCUUGUACAUAAACCAUUGAUGUUUAGUACUAAUGUUUGACUCCAUCAUUUGAUUUCA